AUGACUGCACUACAAUCACACGGCCCUCCUGCCACUAUCAUCCCUACUGCAUGCUCACCCAAACACGAUCUCCAGGGAGCAAUCCCCCAGAUUCACAUAGAAAGCACAGACGAAAACUUCUGUGCUUCUCUAGAUUCAAAGCUCAAGCUUACAGACGAAGUGGAAGAGUCUGAAGCGGGCGAAUGUAGUGAUAAUUCGAUCUUGCGUGCAUGUGCCGAUACAACUGCUAGUGGCGAUAAGGACAAUCCAGAUCAUCGCACCACGGCAGAGAAAAAUCCGAAAGCAGCAAUAUCGGUACACCAUGUGCCCACCUGUGAUUCUAUGUCCAUCAAUACAAUCAUAAGUGAAUCACAUUCGUUACGAAACACUGAUCACGCUGAACGCGUCGUGGAGUACAAUGAAGUGCCCCUACACAUUGAAGUGUACGACGUAGAAGAGUCCGAUCAACACCAGCACAUACACAGACAACAGCCGGACAGUAUCUCACUAUGCUCCAGUGCUGUGGAUCCAAUACAUACCACCAAUAAACCGGUUGAGAUAGACCAAAGUUCUGGUGCAAACACUGCAGCACAGCGUGGGUUCGCAGACCAGGGUCAAUCGUGCGAGACAGCCAGCGGUUCAAACGUUGAAUAUGAGGAUCAAGACCCAACUCACUUAAGUCAUCAUAAUAAAGAAGCGAAUGCAACACAACGAGCGACGGGGAGUGAUGAACUGACCCCAGAAAUACCACCUAUAGAUUUAGCAGUAAUACCGAAGAGGCUCCCUGCACAGCUAAUCAAAACAUCGUCGCUCAGAAAACGAAAACAAGGUCCUGCUGAUGCAAUCAAAGUCGAGUCUCAGCAACGAGAUGUGUACGACCGAAAGCCGGACUGCAUGCCGUGGCUGAUCUCAGGUGCGGAAAUGCAGGAGGUGUCUCGUGAACUCAACGCAUACAAGACAGAUGAGAUGCCUGUGCAUGAAGAGAGUAGGCAAAAUACAAGGUACCACAACUUGAAAGAUCAUUUCUAUGACUACGACUAGUAGUAUGAAGAGCGAAUUCACUGCUAUAACAUAUUUGGACAAGGCAUAUGCGGGCAGACGAAGCCAGCAACAUUUGCGUGCCAUUGCCAAGCUAUCAACCCCACACAACAACAGAUCCGCAUCCUUAAUAGGCAAGUGACUAUCCACUCGUAUAGUUGCCCCGCUUCUUUAUGCAUAUCAUCAUCGACUAUAAUGGUUGACUCUAAGCAUGUACAUAACCAUUCAUAUAGCUGUAGUUGCUCCAAGGAGCGCAGGAAUAGAAUGUAACUCCCUUGGACGACACCGACUGCACUACUGAACACGCUCUGUUUUGACCGAGAUAAACGACACAUCUAAAUGGAAGAUGUAAUUUUGGCCAUUCGUUCUCAUGUGCAGACCAAGUGUCAAAAAAACCUUUCUUUCAAUUCACAAACCUAGAUAGAUUGUGACAGAUGGCCGCUAUAUAUCUACGAGGUAACUAAUCCGACUCUCCCACAUCAUAAAAGUUCCGGAAUGUACUGUUUUUUCACCACCAAUAGAAGCCAUAUACUCACAUAGUCUCACCGGCUUCAUUAAGAUUGAAAGACAGCAACCGCUAGCCCGUUUAGUGUCUACAAAUAGCAAUAUGGUCCAACCUUCAAGCACAACUGUAUUGACGUUUCGAAUAUCUCGUACUCAGAGAUUAUUAGUUGACAAGCAUAUAUAUUUUUUAGAAUAAAGGGUCAUUUUGAAUUCUCAC